AUGACGCCCAACGCAGGACGUGCGAGGCGGGAAAUGCGCAACACUCAGGCGUGCAAGCUAUGCAGGGCCCGCAAGGUGAAGUGCGACAGUGCCCGUCCAGAAUGCAGCCUGUGUCGAGCAGAAAAUGUGGCCUGCGCAUACGAGCAGGACCGGCGACAGACAUCGCGGGUGUCGCAGGCAGUUGUCCAACGCAUCAUCGACCGGCUGACGGAGGUCGAGGAAACGGUGCAUAGAUUAGAGGAAUCUCUAUCGCAUCACCGGCAUAAUGCUGGGCAAGUCCAGACCCCUUCGGAUACUGCGCCGUCGGUUGUUUCACAGGCCCAUGGCCUGCACGGGCUGGACGAUAUGGCUAUAGGUAUGGACGCAACACCAUGCAAUCCGCAGAGUCUGCACCCAGAUACCCAUGCCCUCGAUUUGACCCUGGAGCCUAAGCAGCUGGGACCGAUCGAAAUACACACCGGAGUCGAGAGCGACGGCGGCCACAUAUCAGUGUACGGCCCGAGCUCGACAUUCAAUCCACCAAUUUCAUAUACAUUCUAUCGACAAUCACGUCCGACGCAGAUUUCUGCAGCGGAAAAGAAAGACACGGCGGAAGAAGAGUGCCGGUUGUUCGCCAACUCGGCUCUGCAAAUACAAAAGGAGUGGACGUAUAUGGCCGAGCGCAAGUUUGACCUGGACGGACUGGAUCUUGAUACAGCGUGGCACCUGCUGCAGAUCCAUUGGAACCAUCACCACCAGGCAUACCUGACCACCUAUCGCCCUGCAGUCAUACAUAGUCUUGCAACGGAUGGGCCUUACAUCAACAAGCUACUGCUGAAUGCCAUUUACCUGUCAUCCGCGCUGAACAGUGAUCGCGACGAGUUGCACGAGGAUCCAACAGACCGGCAAUCACUAGGCAGGAGAUUCUUCUCUCGUAUCCAGCAGUUAACCCUCUCUGAGCUGGACAGCUCGAGCGUUGCCACGGCUGUUGCGUUUCUGAUCACCGGCUCCAGUUUGGUGUCUGUUGGUCGGCAGACGGCUGGCUGGCAUUAUUCAGGACUGGGCUAUCGCAUGAUAAUUGACCUGGGCCUCCAUGUCGACCCCCAUAAGCUUCGUAUUUCUCAUCCAGAUCCGUCGCAGCCGGCAAGGGGAUUCACUGAGGUUGAUCUUGAAAUGCAUCGCCGUGUAUACUGGGGUGCUUAUAUCAAUGACAAGUUCCAGGCACUGUAUUUCGGCCGUCCGCCGACGCUGACUGCAAUUGGCAUUGAGCCAUCCAGGACGUUUCUGGAUAAAUUUGAAGAGCUGGAGCUGUGGAAGCCCUACGUCGACCCCCGGGCCAAAGUUCCACCCCCUAUAUAUGACCCGCAGCCAGCCUAUACGCUCUCGACUUUCCAGGCAUUCACAUACCUGGCCGAUAUCAUGGCUGGUAUCGUAACAGGCCUCUAUUCACCCCAGAUGCAGUUUCUGUCAAAGGAAGAGAUACUCGGUGUAGCUGGAGACCUGCAGAAGAGACUCGACGCCUGGAUGGCCAGUUUGCCCGUGCAUCUGCAAUAUGAUCCCAGCCAGGACAAAGCGCCGCCAGCCCAUCGCUUCAAUCCACCAAUGACAUUCCAUAUGCUGCACAUACUCCUCCACCGACCGUUUCUUCCAGAGGGCCACCUUCGACAUCUCGGAGCUUCCGACGAAACUGAGCAUCGCGAAAUAUGCCUCUGCUCUGCUGUGCAGAUAUACGAGCUAGCCAGACGCUACCGCGACGCCUUUACCCUCCGUCGGGCGACCUACAUGAUCUCUUACUGCCUGUUCUGUGCUGCAUCUGUUAUUCCCUUCGGGCCCAGGCAGUCUGUCGAUCUCUCGCAACGACACAUGAUCGGCUGGUUCUGGAUCGCACUGAAAGAGUUGCAGAACGGGGCAAACUUCGGACUGCGCAAGCCGAUCAUAAUCAUCCGGUCGUUGAUUGAACAUGCCGGCUUGGACUUGAACAGCAUCCUGGCUCAGACUGAGCCAUCCAGCCUAGAGGCUGCAGGCCGUAUCCACCAUGACCCCAGCUUCGCUGCUGCAAAUGGAGCAAUGCCGUCUCAGGGUCCAGACCAGGAGCAGAUACCUCAGCUAGCAGACGCUGAUUUUGAAACCCUGUGCCGGGACUUGUUCGCCGGGGAUAUUGAUGGGUUGGCCGCGCCGCAUGGGAUCGAUGCUGAGGACCAUUCAUUGCUCUAUGGUCUGUUCCGAUAG